AUGAAACACGGAAGCCAUCUGUUUUCGCCUCGACACGCCAAAGGAUGCCUAACGCUUGGAUUGGUGUUGCUAGCUGAAAGCGUCGCGAUCACAAACGCUGUCAAGCUAUGGGCAAACUAUCAGGGUGGGCACAACAAUCGAGAGAGUUCGCUCUUUGACACACCCUUUUCUCGCGCCAGCCGCAAAGUGCAAGAGUGCCUAGAAUCAGAAAAUGAAUCAUGUCCAUCAAUUCCGCCUCCGAGUCUUUCUCCAGUAGCUAGACGGACUCUUGGUCGAUUGACACAUCGAGCAGUAAUGGGAUCCAAAGAAUUGGACUGUUGUUCGGAUUGUAGUCAUCUUUUGACCGCAGAGGGCCAGUGCACGAACAUUCCAAGAGGAGGAAGUGUCGAACAAAUGAUCGAAGUGACAAUGGAUGGUGCUAAUGCUGUUAUGCCGUAUGGUAUUCCGUUGAAUGGAUGGAAGGUCAUCUUUCAAGCAUUCCUUACCACUCUCAAUGUGCUAUGUUGGUUGAUUCCGCUUCGAAGCAAAAAGAUCAGUGAAAAUAAGCUCGCGCUUUCUUUGGCGAAUGCCUUCUCGGGAGGUGUCUUUCUUUCCUUGGCAUUUGGUCACUUGAUCCCCGAAUGCGUUCACGGAUUUGAAGGCUACAAUGAGGUCACUCCGUAUCUCCUUGUCUUGUCGGGCUACUUGCUCAUUUUCUUUGUUGAAAAGGUUGCCUUCGACACUCAUGAGAUUCUUCAUGAGAUGGAGAAUGCAGACGAAAAGAAAGUUGCGAAUGAUGACGCCAACCAAGGAGCAACAAGCGGAAGAAGCGCGAUAGUACUGCUUGGUGCGUUGGCAGUCCAUAGUAUUUUGGAAAUGGCUGCCUUGGGACUUGCCGAUACUUUUGGGGAUUCGGCAAUCCUCACCUUAUCAAUUGCUUUGCAUCAACCUGCCGAGUCGAUUGCACUAUUGGUCGCGUUUUUGAAAUCAGGACUAUCAAAGGGUGAAAUCAUUCGCUUUUUGUCUAUAUUCAGCGCCAUGGGUCCCAUUGGUGUUGCCUUGGGAAUGGCUGUUAAUCAGUUUGCAGCUCCAAUUGUAGAUGCCAUAAUGGUUGCGGUAGUUGCUGGAACAUUUGUUUAUGUUGGCGCAACGGAAGUAAUACCAGAGGAAUGGGAAGAGUCCGAGCACAAAUGGAAAAAGUUCGCUGCACUGAUGGGUGGAAUCGUCUCUAUCCUUGCCAUUACGCAGUACACCGCUAAGCUGGAAAUGUAG